CGGUGGCUCAGCCGUGGACAUGUAGCCGGAAGCCACCUAGAAUACCUUCGUGACGCACGACCUCGACUGUGGUCGACCACACUACACUAAUUCAAAGAUUGUUUUGCUACAGAAGCUGCAGUUGAUUGGCCAGUAGAUCUAAUGUACGGUCUCAAGUCUAGAUCGCAUUCCGGAAAGGCGUCACUGGAUGUCAAAAUGUGGAUGUGUCGCCUUUCUAGGCAGCUUUGCACUUGCGUUCACCACGUCGCCUUUCGUUCCUCCUACGCAAUUGCUACGAGAUAUAACCAGUUGACACUGCUGUUGCAAUCAGUUCUGGGUUUUUUCAGAUCGAAGUGGUCUUCAUGAAUCAAUCACUGCUGUGUUCAAUUUUGUUGUUGCUGUUGUCAACUCAUCAGUGUCACUCUUGCGAGAUCUAUUCACUAUUUGAAACAGAUCCCGACAGAUUUGCAGGUCUCUUUCCUUCCAUCGACGAACGGAUCAGACAAGCUCAAUUUAUUGUCAUGGUCAGAAUCACCAAAGUCCACGGUGUAAUCACUCACAAGAGUGACAAAACGUAUGCAGCACAAGUGACUUGCAACUUGAAAGGAAUUCUAGAGCAGUCCAAGAUGGAAAUAAAUGUGAACAGAGAAGACAGAAACUGUCAAGCUAUACAUAAACACGCCAAGGUUGGAGACCUCGUUAUUGUCUUUAUGAAUCAAAGCAAUCAAGUUGGAAGCGUUUGGAAUCUAAACCGACUGGGAAUGGUCAGUACAGAGGAAUGGAAAAGAGACUAUAUUAACCAUCUUCCUGACAAUUCUUGCUUUAUCGGUGUGAACAAACCCAGUCUCACCUCUCUCACGACAAAUCCCACAAUUAUCAAAACGACAACCAAACCAAUUUUGUGUAGAUCUGUUGCUUCUGCUCAAAACAAGACACACGAUUCUCUCAACUGCAAGGACAUGCCAUGGCAUGCCUUUAUUUGGGAUCGUCAAGUCUGCAAGACUCAGUGCGAUGCUGUUGUUAUUCAUGAUUCCUGGCUUCUGACUUCGGCUCGCUGUGUUAGUCACUACACGCUCACACCAAGACGUCUGGUAAUCAGCUUGGGCGUCAGCAAUGCUCGACAAAUGAAGAAGUCCUUUAGAGCAAAGUCAGUUGUUUUACAUCCACAGUGGCAGUCUCGAUCAGACGAGCAAGGUGUGGCAUAUGACAUGGCACUAGUGCAAAUGAAGACAUCAAAACACAAUACAGGAUUAUGUCGUACUGAACCGAUAUCAUUGCCGUCUCCUGGUGACACCGUCACAGACCUUCACUGCUUGGGAGCCAAAACUGAUGUUUAUAACGGCUAUGUAAAGAAACUAAUAUUGAAUGCGCCAAAUCCCAAAGUAGGAACUACAGAUCAUACAGAAGCCAAGUGGGCAGCUACUGCUUGUAGAGUCCAAAAUGGUCAGUGGCGCUUGUUCCAAGUCCUCAGUGGCAACCCUGGUCGAUUCACAGACCCAAUCUUGACAAACGUCUACAACAACAAGAACGUCACCGACUGGAUAGCUCGUGUCAUCAAGGAGUUUCAUAGCAUUCCCUGAAUAAGAACAAGUUUACAACAAGCAAGUGUACAUUCAUACAAGCAACAGAUCGAAAUAUAGAAAAUUAGAUGCAUUAAAAGAACUGUAAUUUGCUUAGUUUAACGCCAUGCACGGCUGUCAAGUUGUAUUUUUGGGUGUCUUCGUUCAAGUGACCACUUAAUUUUAUUAAGGAUAACAGAAAUACAUUACAAUUCAUAU